GUGGAGAACAAGGUUAUGGAUAUUACUGCUCAGACGACUUGCACAAACGGGCAGGUCAUGCAGGCAACUGAUGCCUCCAGAGUCAAGGCAGCAAAGCAGAUCAGCAGACCUGAAGACUCUACUCGCUACACGAUGCCAGCACCUGGAUCCCUUGCUUAUGCGUCCAAAGGAGCCAACACAGAAAAGAAUGACGCUCAAACAACAGACUUUGGACUGGAUGGCCAUUGGCAGGGCAAGUGA